CUUGUCUAAGAGUGGGAGGGAUUUGAAGCACAAAGGGAGGAGCUUGUCGUUUGGUUGGCUGAUAUGGAUGUCCACCUGAGUGCGGUUGACCAGCUGACAGGAAACACAUGUGAAAAACUGAAACAACUGCAGAUCUACAGAUUUGGGAUAAGCUACAGGCUCCUCCACCCCUGCUGGCUCUUCUGUCCUGCCCAGGUUGGCGCUCCUGGUGCCCCCUCGUCAGGUCCAGCAGUCCUACCGUCCAUCCAACAGCUCCUUCUCCCCUCUUACAGCCUCUAUGGGAGCUCCAUCUGUGGUGGCUACAGGCCUUACAGCUACAGCUAUGGUGGCGGCUAUGGUGGUGGCUACAGCCUGGGAGGAUACAGACACACACCUCACCUUGAAGACGUCCCCCCCAGCAGACACUAACUGGGCGAGCGAGGAGGACGACCACGUGGUGGCCAGAGGAGAAUAUGACUUGACAGCUGCUUCUCAGGAGGAGCUUUCUAUGCGAGCUGGAGAGAUGCUCAACCUCGCUCCUAAAGAGCUACAGCCCCGUGUGCGUGGCUGGCUCCUGGCCAGUGUGGACGGUGAGACCACAUGCUCGUCCCAGCCAACUACGUUAAGAUCCUCAGCAAGAGAAGAGACCGCCGGGCCACAGAUAUGAGAGGCUCGCUCAGGCCCAGCAGGCAAACACGCAGGCA